AUGUCCCGCCCCCCAGUCACCCACAAAUGGGACGAGAAUUCCCACCUCGGCCUGCUCCGCGCCAUGAUCGAGGUGGCCAGGCCCAACAAGGAUUUCCUCGUCAAAGUCGCCGAGCACAUGCAAUCCCAGGGUUUCAGCACCACCUUUGGCGGCGUCAACCAGCACAUCCAGAAACUCCGCCGCACCCAGGACUCGCCUGAGAAGACCGCCAAGACCGGUAGCGUCCCGGUCACUCCCACCAAGGCCACGCCGAAGCGCAAGACCCGCGCUCCCAAGACUAAGCCUGCCGAGUUCGACGACGCUGACGACGAAAUCACCGUCAAGGAGGAGCAGUACUAUGAUGAUGACCAGGGCGAACCUGAGACCAAGCGUGUCAAGAAGGACGCCGAGUGA